CCCGUUUGGAUUGGCAAAGCAUCGAGGCGAGGAGGACAGCGGAGCGCAGCGAAUGGAAGCCCCGGUCGCAGGCGCCACCGCAGAGGCCAUCACGAAGCAAUAGAUUAAAGAAGGGAAAAUAAUAAUCCAUCACAAUAAUAAUGACCCCUCUCGAGCAAGGACCCAACCUGACCUCCUCUUUCGGGGCGACCUAUCACAUGAUGCAACGGGCAGAUCCCGGAAUGAGUUGGAUUUGGUCUGAGUUGUCCCAAGCCUCUUCUCCUCCCUCCCGGCGCCUAAAUCCUGUCCCCUUCGAUCUCCUGUCAUUCCCGCCCUUGGAUGGCCUCGCAUGGCCUCUCUCUAGAUUCGGUCCUCCGUCCUUGCGCAUUGUCGCCCUUCCGCCCUCCUUAUGAUGUCCUGCGUCGACCGCAUUCUCCGCUGCGUUCGCGAGCUCGCGUCACUGUGACCUCUCGCAGCCUGACUGCAAUACAC